CUUCCGUUUAUCCGGAGAGGUCGGAGAAGGCUGGUCGCUGGCGCGAGCGAGCGAGAGAGCGUUCCGUUCGUCGUCGGUGGUGGUGCUGGUGCUGCUUGUGAAAAACACACGAUGAAAAUGGCGUGGCAACCGCAGGAGGAAGGACUCAGACAGAUCCUCACGCUGCUGAAGGAGUCGCAGAGCCCGGACACGGCGACCCAGCGGGCGGUGCAGUUGAAACUGGAGGAGCUGAAUAAGUUUCCGGAUUUCAACAAUUACCUGAUUUUCGUUCUGACGAAGCUCACAUCGGAAGAUGAACCCACCAGGUCUUUAAGCGGACUGAUACUGAAAAAUAAUGUGAAGUCUCAUUUUCAUAAAUUUGUACCGGAGGUCAUAACUUUCAUAAAGCAAGAAUGUCUACUGGCCGUAGGAGACCCGUCGCCGUUGAUCCGUGCGACUGUCGGUAUUUUGAUCACCACUGUUGCAUCAAAAGGUGAACUGACUACCUGGCCGGAAUUGUUGCCGGCGUUGUGUCAGAUGCUGGAUUCGGAGGAUUACAAUGUGUGCGAGGGGGCGUUCGGCGCUCUGCAGAAGAUAUGCGAGGACUCGACCGAGAUAUUAGACUCUGACGCUCUGAAUCGUCCCUUGAACAUCUUGAUUCCGAAAUUUCUCCACUUCUUUAGGCACUCGAGCCCGAAGAUCCGCUCCCACGCGAUAGCGUGCGUCAAUCAGUUCAUCAUUCAACGCACGCAGGCGCUUAUGAUACAUAUAGACAGCUUCUUGGAGAACCUCUUCCACUUAGCCUCGGACGACGACUCGGAAGUCAGAAAGAAUGUGUGCAGGGCAUUGGUGAUGUUGCUGGAAGUACGAAUUGACAGACUAAUACCAAAUAUGCACUGUAUAAUAGAGUACAUGUUAAUGAGGACUCAGGACGCCGACGAGGGGGUUGCAUUAGAGGCCUGCGAGUUUUGGUUGUCGCUGGCGGAGCAACAAAUCUGCAAAGAAGCUCUUGCACCGCAUCUGACACGAUUAGUACCUGUUUUGGUGAGAGGUAUGAAGUACUCGGAAAUAGACAUAAUACUUUUGAAAGGGGACGUUGAGGAGGACGAAAUGAUACCGGAUAGGGAGGAGGAUAUUCGACCAAGAUUUCAUAAAUCAAAGACACAUCAUUCGCAUCACACCAAUAUGAACAAACACAUCGACGAGAACGGCGGCUGUGACGACGAGGUGAUCGAUGUCGAAGAUGAUGAUUCGACUCUCAGCGAUUGGAAUUUGAGAAAAUGUUCCGCCGCCGCACUCGAUAUGCUGGCGAACGUUUUUCGCGAGGAUUUGCUGCCGGUUCUGGUGCCGAUCCUGAAAGAAACUCUCUUCCAUCACUCCUGGGAGAUCAAGGAGUCCGGCAUCUUGGCAUUAGGAGCGAUUGCUGAAGGUUGUAUGAGCGGUAUGAUCCCGCAUUUGUCCGAGCUGAUCCCUUACUUGAUCAAUUGCCUCAGCGACAAGAAGGCUCUGGUGCGUGCCAUAACUUGUUGGACGCUGAGUCGUUACGCGCAUUGGGUGUGCGCGCAGCCGCACGAGACGCAUCUGAAGCCUUUGAUGACCGAAUUGCUCAAACGGGUCCUCGACAGCAAUAAGCGUGUCCAGGAAGCAGCAUGUUCCGCCUUCGCCACCCUGGAAGAGGAGGCUUGCACGGAAUUAGUCCCUUACCUCGGAUUUAUUCUUCAGACGCUCGUUUUCGCUUUCGGUAAAUAUCAGCAUAAGAACCUUUUGAUACUGUACGACGCGAUCGGCACGCUCGCCGAUUCCGUUGGUCAUCAUCUCAACAAACCGGACUACAUCAAUCUCCUGAUGCCGCCUCUCAUUAACAAAUGGAACGUGCUGAAAGACGAGGACAAAGAUCUAUUCCCGUUGCUCGAAUGUCUUUCUUCGGUAGCUACCGCGUUGCGUUCGGGUUUCUUACCGUAUUGCGAGCCCGUUUAUAGGCGAUGCGUGUCUCUCGUAGAACAGACGUUGAAUCAGCAUAUAGCGAGCACACAGAGCCCGGAGCAGUUCGAGGCACCCGACAAGGAUUUCAUGAUAGUGGCGUUGGACCUUCUCAGCGGAUUGGCGGAGGGCCUGGACGGCCACAUGGAACGCCUAGUGGUGAACAGUAACGUUAUGCAGUUGCUGUAUCAGUGCAUGCAGGACACCAUGCCGGAGGUACGACAGAGCAGCUUCGCCUUGCUGGGCGAUCUCACGAAAGCCUGUUUCCAACACGUGCUGCCCUGUAUACCGGAAUUUAUGCCCAUUCUCGGACAAAAUUUGCACCCACAGUUUAUAUCAGUAUGUAAUAACGCGACGUGGGCGAUCGGUGAAAUAUCGAUAAAACUUGGGCCGGACACAAGCGCGUAUAUUCCGUUAAUUUUGUCACAGCUUAUCGAUAUAAUCAAUCGACAAGAUACACCAAAAACACUGUUAGAAAAUACCGCCAUUACGAUCGGUCGACUCGGUUAUGUGUGUCCCCACGACGUCGCCCCCAUGUUACAGCAGUUUGUCCGACAGUGGUGCACUUCGUUGCGAAGCAUAAGAGAUAACGAAGAGAAGGAUUCCGCCUUCAGAGGUAUGUGUCAAAUGAUCACUGUCAAUCCAGCUGGUGUCGUUCCGGACUUCAUCUUCUUCUGCGACGCCGUGGCAUCUUGGUCGGCACCGAAGGAGGAUCUGAAGGACAUGUUUCACAAGAUACUGCACACGUUCAAGAAUCAAGUCGGUGCGGAAAAUUGGAAACGUUUCGCCGAUCAGUUUCCACCGCAACUUAACGAGCGGCUGAAUAACAUGUAUGGGGUUUGAGCAGCUCCGACUAAACGCGAAGGCCGUUCAAUGCGACAGGCCGAACGGGGUUGGGCGGGAAACAAUGGGCAGAUGGGAUGGGUGGGUGAAACCACGGCCUCUUCUCAUCAACAUCGUUGUCGUUACCGUAUCAUCGUCGUCGUCGUCGUCGUUGAUGUUGCAAUCGUCGUCGCCAUCAUCGUCAUGUUUCCGGGGAGAAUGAUGAUGCGUACGCUGCCUUUAGCCUCAACAACGGGAUAACGAGGGAUGAAAUAUGUAGGGAGGAAGAAAUAGAGGAAGGAAGCGGGAAGAGAGCGAGUCGAAGCAAAAUGAGAACGACAAGAGAUAAGCAUUGGCCGACAAGCAAAAAAGCGUGGGUGGGCGGGGUAUUUUCUUUCAAAGUGGGAGGGAGGGAUUUAGUGGUAGUCACCGACCACACAAGAAGCAAGAGAGGAAGAGAGGGAGAGAGAGAGAGAGAGAGAGAGAGAGAGAGAGAGAGAGAAUAGUAUCGUGUUUA